AAAACUCACCAUCCUGUCCUACAAGAGCAAAAUCAGUUAUUUCCGUCCCUUUUACUCAUUUUAAUUAAUUGACAUGCACAAUUCACGUAAAGCAAUCGCAAGAGUACACUACGCUUGCUCUUUUGAUUAGCUUCAGGUCCUACUCAUAUAUAUAGAGACAGAGAGAGAGAGGACAUGUGGCUUUCCCUGCAAGAUAGUUAGGAUUACAGAGUGAGUAAGGAUUCUUAGGUAGCUCUGUUUGUCAAAUCAAAGGGGAAGAAACAUGGCGAGUUCCAAUAUGGAGAAAUUGUAUGGUUUGAGCCAUGUGUUCAUGACUCUGUUUCUUCAUAACUUCUCGACACACAUGGUGAUUCCGGCCAUCACCGAUGUCACGAUGGCCGCGCUUUGUCCCGGACAAGAUGAAUGCUCACUUGCCAUCUAUCUCACUGGUUUUCAACAGGCGAUGAUAGGAGUGGGAACGCUUGUGAUGAUGCCCCUCUUAGGUAAUCUCUCAGAUAAGUAUGGAAGGAAGGUCAUCCUCACGGUUCCCAUGAUCCUCUAUAUUAUUCCCAUAGGCAUUUUAGCUUAUAGCAAGACGAGAGAAUUCUUCUACGUGUAUUAUGUGUUUAAGACACUUGUUGCCAUGAUUUGCGAUGGAAGCGUUCCUUGCCUCGCUCUAGCUUACGUGGCAGAUAACAUUCCAGAAAGUGGAAGAGGCACGGCGUUUGGAGUUCUUUCAGGGAUAGGCUCCGCCGCAUACGUCUGCGGAACCCUCUCAGCUCGAUUCCUAUCUACUGCUGUAACUUUCCAGGUUUCCACUCUUGUCGCGGUGCUUGGAUUGGUUUAUAUGCUAAUUUUCCUUCAGGAUACGGUCAUCGAUGAGAAACAACUUUAUACCCCAAUCAUUUCUGAGGGAAAACCUGCGGCUGCUAAAAUCGAACGAAAAUCGAAAAGCAAUGUUGAAUUGCUUAAAGCAUUGGGUUCUUUGAAGGACCUAUCCUCCUUCCUCACAAGCAGCUUGACUAUUACACAAGCAGCAAGUAUUGCAUUCUUCAGCAACCUUGCAGAUGUUGGCCUUUAUGGUUCAAUAAUGUAUUAUUUAAAGGCCCAGUUUCAUUUUGACAAGCAUCAGUUUGCUGACUUGAUGGUUAUUAAUGGGAUUGCAGGGACUGUGUCGCAGCUUCUUCUUAUGCCUGUUCUGGUUCCUAUUUUGAGUGAGGCAAAGCUGCUUUCAAUUGGACUAUUCUUUCACUGUGUACAUAUGUUCAUUUACAGCAUAGCAUGGACCUCCUGGGUUCCUUAUGCCGCUGCAAUGUUUUCAAUUUUGUUUAAUUUCUCACAACCGUGUAUACGGAGUAUUGUGUCAAAACAAGUUGGACCCCAUGAGCAGGGAAGGGCACAGGGUUGCAUCUCAGGCAUAUGUUCAAUUGCACAUAUUGUUUCUCCCUUGGCUUUCUCUCCAUUAACGGCUCUCUUCCUGUCUGAAAGGGCACCUUUCAAUUUUCCUGGCUUCAGUAUAAUGUGUAUUGGCUUUGCUUCGAUGGUAUCUUUUGUCCAGAGUAUAAUGCUUAGAGUAAUUCCUCCCGUUUUGAGCUAGAUGGACCUAAUUGAUUGGAGCCCUAACUUUAAAGGCCGUGCAUAUUUGCUUAGUGUGGAAUCAUUCCUCAUCUAUACAAGCUUUGCAUCCAGCUGUGCUUUUGAUGAGGAAAUAGGAUGUUGAAGAAGUCUAUUCCUAGGAGUAGAUAAUUGAUAAGCUGAUGUAGUUUCAUUCUAGUGAACAUGUUAUGUUUCUCUCUGUCUGUCUGUCUUGGCUUUAGAUCAAAAGAUACAAAGGUAAUUUUGAUAUCUACGGCCAUUGACGUUUCGUUAUUUUUAGCAGUUAUCAGAUGUGCAAUUUA